GGCUGCCGGCAGUCGGAGCGGAGCGGCGCCGGGCGGAAGGCAUCGGCGAUCGGCGGCGGCGGAGGAGGCGCCUGGCAAGCGGCGCUCGGCGGCUCUGGCUGGCGGCGGCGGUCGGUGAGUGCGAGGAGGCCCGCGGACCCCCCCUUCCCCCCCCUUCUCUCCCUCUGCCCCCCCCCCCCACCGGAACCCCCCGGGCUUCUUCUGGGCCUCGGCUCUAAGAUGGCGGCCGGCGUGGACUCGAUGGCCAGGCCGAAGAGGCAGCUGGCCGAGGCGGCCGAGCAGUACCGCGGGCCCUCGGAGAGCGACCGGCACUGGCACAUCCGCCGCCAGUUCAUCGUCCGCCACAUGCGGGACUACCCGGGCAGCAGGAUCGAGCAGCUGCUCGCACUCUCCAUGGUGUGGACCAACCACGUCUUCCUGGGUUGUCGAUAUAGCCCAGACCUUUUGGAAAGAGUCUUUCAAAUGGCAGAAGGUAUUGACAUUGGUGACUUAGGAUCAUCUGAGAUGGUUCCAGGGAGUACAACCAACAAAAGAUCUAAUUCUGACAAUGGUGAAAAUCCAACAGCAAAGCGGAAACCUCCUUCAUUCCGUCCCAGAUUUCGAUUUGAGCCGGUUGCAUUUGUUAGUAGCAGCAGUAAGGAUGAAGAUGAGACAAAGAAAAAGCCAAAUCAAUCAGACAAGCCUCGAAGGUGGGCAGAUUUAGAUGAAGAUGUUCUCCCGUUAAACUCUCUGAUUAAAACUGAGGAGAACUCUGUGAAAACAGAAUCUUCUUCCACAGAUGAAAAGUCAAAUAAAUCUAGCAAAAGUUCAAAUGGGCCACUGCCUCCUGCCUCCUCUGAGAAUUCCUCAACUUUUGAUUAUGACUCUUUGUAUAAGAGCAUCUUCACAGAUGCAAAUGAAAACAAAAGUGAAACCAAAACCGGAAACUGCGUUAACGGGAUAACCUGUUUAAGCACUUACAUGUCUAAAAUACAACAGAACUAUUCAGCAAAAUAUGAGGCUUAUCAUUCCAUUCCUUCGUCAGAUCUUUAUCCAACUAUGAGAGGGCCGGACUUUUCUAAGACACCAGUUGGCAACAAACAGGGCUACAAGGGCCUGGGUUUCACACAGACCAAACGGUCAAAGAGUCGAAAAUCUUCCAAGAAAAAUGCUAGCAAAUCAGUACUUCCUGAACCUCUGCAACCUUUGUCAAGCAAGUCUUCAUCUGGUGGGUUUUCUCCAUCUGCGGUAAAGAGCCGACAGAAUUUUUUUAAUAUGCUCCAGAUAUCUGUGUCGAGGAAACUUAGUUCAAUCGGAGGCUUCAGUAACCAGUUGAACCACAGCGAUGUGCUAAGCAGCUGUAUUCAAACCUGUAAGACAAACCCUCAGUAUUUCUAUGUCUCGCUGAAGGAGAUACCUCCAGCUGAUGUACCAAAAAACAAGAAAGUCUUGACAGAUGGCUAUGCUUGUGAAUUGAGGUGUCAGGGUGUUUACUUAUCUACUGGGUAUGCUGGCAGCAAAAUUGGAGCUCGAGAUAGGGCCUCUGAACAAGCCUUAAAGUUGUUCCUGAAGGAUGUGGUGGUUGAGGUGGUGAAGCGCAAGUGUAAAAGUAAUUGCAUCGAUGACCUAAUACUGUGUGAGAAGAACACACCUCGAAAUGACAUUCCUCCUGCUCUCAAAAAGCCAGAUGAGAAAAUACCAAGCAAAGAUACAGCCAAUAAAGGAAAUGAAACAAAUAAACAGAGUACUCGACAUUCAAAGGAUCUCAAAAAGAAGAACUGGAUGGAAUUUGUCAUUUUGGAGACGGCAAAAAAUGCCGUGUGCAUCCUGAACAAUUCAGCUCAGUUCAAUAGAAUGACCGUGGAUUACAAGUUUCAACUGACACCCAGUCAGGUUUGGCAGUGCCGUGUUUUUAUAGAAGACCAUUUUAUCGCUGAGGCCUACGGAACCAAAAAGCUGGUGAAGCAUACAGCGGCAGAGAAGGCUUUGAACAUAUUGAGGCAAACGCAGCCAAUUGUAAAAUCAAGCAAGCCAGGAAACUCUGGUACAGCCAUCUCGCGUAAUGCAAUUCUUGGACGUUCCGCAGAAGAAGCUCUUAAACAAAAGAUCACAGAAGACAACAUUGGCAAUCAGCUUUUACGAAAAAUGGGUUGGAAGGGGGGUGGUUUAGGAAAAGAGGGUGAGGGUAUUGCAGAGCCAAUCACUGUAAAAGAACAGUUUAAGAGGGAGGGCUUGGGUUUAGAAAUGAGUAAGAGUGGUUCUAAAUUAAACAAACGAGAUAUAGAGGAUCUUAUCAAAAAUUAUGCCCGUUCGGACAAACAGGAGGAGCUGACCUUUUCCAAAGAGCUGACUAAUGAAGAGCGGAUGCAAAUCCAUCAAAUGGCUGCCAAAUAUGGUCUCAAGAGUAAAUCCUAUGGGAAAGGAAAGGAUCGCUAUUUGGUUGUAAGCAGAAAAGUACGUGUAGAUGAUAUUAUGAAUCAGCUUGCACAGGAAGGACAGGUUGGACGAUUUGAAUUGGUAGUGCCGGGUUCUUCAAAUUGAUGCAGAACUCUGCCCCAUUUUUCAUUUUUAUUUAUGCGCAGUUUUCUUCAGAAGCAAGACUUUUUGCUCAGUAAUCUGAAUUCAGUUAUUGUAAAUGAUUUCUCAAUUGCAAUAGAAAUUUAUUUACAUCUAUUAUUUACAGUUUUGAAAUUGUCAUCAGUGAGGUAGAUGUUCAAAACAAGGCAUCCAAAAUGAACUCUCAGUAUUUCUGCAUCACCUUUCUCCAUGUAUAAAAAUAACUGUCUGUUAUUUACAAAAUAUGGUAAUAAACUGCCACUGUUGAAAUUACUAGUGAACUAACAA